AUAAUUUAUAUACAUAUAUAUAAUAAAAAAAAAUGUUUGUGAAGUUCUUUUAGCACCAUUCUGUCCAGUAACUACUAACUCAGUUGUCUUUUUUCUAUGACGAUGUGUAAAAUCAUCGUCAUUCAUCCUUCGACUAACAUGGUUCUAACCAGAUGUUCAGCAGCAGAUGUGUGAUGUCUCAGUUCAUCAAUUUUCUCAGGAGUUAUCAGUUUCUUUGGUUAUGAUUCCGAGAUUAUCCAGGAGUGGAUAUGUGGCAUUUCUGCUUCCACCCUACUUCAAGCAAAUUGUUCCAAGAGUUUUUGUUACUGGAGAUUACGUGAUAUGAGGUGUGAGCCAUUGGUUGGCAUGUGUUGUUUUUGUGUAUGAGUAUGUUGACUAUUUUGGAGGUAUAUUUGGUUUGUGAACUCGUGGAGAUCGCUUUUGAAUUGGGGUGCAGCAGCUUGCGUUGUGUUGAUAUUGGAGUUACGCUUGGCUUUGUUUGCCAGUUUUUGGCAGUGUUGAUCAUUUCAGAGUUGUUUCAGUUCAGACAGCUGACAUAUGACAUUGGGAGUUAUUUAUAUUCGAGUUGUACCAGUUAUGCGUGGAUGAAUCGAGUUAUUCAGAGAUUCGUCAAAGAUUGAGCUGAGAUUAUGCGAUGUCAUCUUUGGGAGGUAUUGGCUGUCACGAUAUUUAGUAGUGCUGGAUUGCCUGAGGGCAAGAGUUGAUAUUCCUAGAGCAGACGAGAGUUUUAUUGCCUCCAUGCUUUAUGAUGAGGAGUUACUGGAUACAUGAGCAUAUGGAUUUUUGGCGACCAUUUCGAUGGUUAAAGAUGAUGCACAACACGAGAUGAAGGACCUUCCAGUUAUUGCAGAGUAUGAGAAUGUAUUUGAGGCAUGUGGAAGGGUUGUUACCAGCAAGAGGAGACAUUCUUAUGAUCGAGUUAGACUCAUGUACAGAACCGGUUUCACGAAGCGCGAGCGGAGAUGGCCGAGCUGAAAGGGCAUAUGGAAAAUUUAGCGGCUAAGGAUUUUAUCAGACCGAGUAUUUCACCAUAGAGACCACCAGUGUUGUUACGACGAUGAGAGAUGGGAGCUUAAGACUUUGUAUUGACUACAGAGGUUUGAACAAGUGGCCAUUAAGGAUAAGUAUCGCUUCCGCGUAUUGAUGAUUUGUUGUAUUAGCUGCAUGGAGGUUCAUGGUUCUCGAAGUUUGUCUUAGCAUCAGGAUACCAUCAGAUGACUACAGCUGAGGAGUACAUACGGAAUGGAUAUUAUGAAUUGUAGUGAUACCAUUUGGCUCGACGAGUGCAUCGUUAGCAUUCUUGAAGCUUAUGAAUGAUUCGUGAGCACUUGGAUAAGUGCGCGAUUGUAUUCAUCGACAACAUCCUGAUUUCUUCUUGGAGCAGAGAGGAGCAUGUUGAGCAGUUACGGAUUUUUGUUAGGUAAGCUUGGAGAGCAUUAGUUGGUUGCUUACUGAGUAGGUGUAGUUUCUGGAAGAGAGAGAAAAAAUUUAUGGGUCACGUGUUCAGAAGCAGGAGUUGAUGUAUAUUCAAAAAAAAAAGAUUAUUACAAGUUCAGAGUGGUCGACACCUAAGAAGUACAUAGAUAUGAAGUGUUAAUAACAUUGGCCUAGAGUGGAAAAAAAAAAAAAAAAAAAAAAAAGAUGUAGCUACAUUGUGUCUAUGUCAGACUUGUCAGAUGGUUAAAACAUAACAUCAAAUAUUUAUGGGAUUAUUACACAAUUUACUUCUUACAGAUUGGAAAUGGGAUAUGUUGAUUGUGGGUUUCCUCAUUGGACUAUGGAAGUCAAUUUUCAUGAAGAUUAAUGUAUGAGUGAACGUGGACCGUCUCGCUAAGUUAAACUCGAGAGGGCAUCCUCAGGACUUGUGCUUAGCUCGCGGGAGAAAGAAAAUUGAGGAAAGCUUCUACCACAGGAAUAGUUCAUGUACAGUAACAAUUAUCAUUGGGGGCACUCAGAUAUCACUUCAGGAGGCUUUUUCUGGAAGAUCAUUCGCACAAAUGUUAGACCAAAGUGGAGAAGCACUAUUAUGUAUAGCAACCAAUGGUUUAAAGGACACUGAAGCAAAUAGAAAUGCUCAAUAACCACCUAAAGGAAGUUGAUGGCAAAAGAAAAAAAUGCAGUUAAUACUGAAGUUGGAAGUUCACUUGGAUAAUUUGGUGUACCUGAAAAUGAAGACAUUUCAGAGAGGAUCUAAGACUCGGGAGCUAAAGAAGCUUAAACCUAAAUAUAUGAGACUGUACCUUAUUGUGGAGCGGAUUAGAGAUGUGGCUUAUAGAUUGCAGUUACCAGCAGAGUUGUCAAACUUUCACGACGUGUUCCAUGUGUCAGUAUUGAGAAAAGUUGUGCGAGAGCAAGAGCUUAUUUUGCAGCGCCACCAAGUGAUCUUAAAAAAAAAAAAAAAAAAAUUGUAUGCACUCAUCGAAUCUGUGGAGAUUACAAAUUGACAAGUGAAAGCAAUUCAGAAAAUGAUGACCAUAUUGAUUGAAGUUCCAUAAGAGAGAGAUAUGAUCCAGGAGAAAACCUGAGAGAUCGAGUCUAAGAUGGAGAUUAAAUAUCAAAACUUUAUUUUGGAGAAUAAAACUAGCAGACGAGUAUAAAUUUGAAUUCGAGGACGAAUUCCUCGUUAGUGGGGAAGAAUUGUAACGACCCGGUUUUCUUUAACCGUUUUUGGUUUAAUUAUUAAUAUUAAACCAACACUUAUCCACCUCCUCUUAUAACCUAAACGUGUAUGCAUGUAUUGAUAUAUUUAUCUCCUUCCACAAAUCUCAGCCGCCAUUGAUAUCAUCGUGUGAGACUAAGCAACAUUUUGCACCAGCUUCCUCUUCUCUCUCAUGUUGUCUUUACUUUUAUCCUUUACUCGUGUUCCUCUGGAUCUCUUGCAAAGAAGAUACGCCAUCGUUCAUCACAAACCACCACUCGUUAGUUUGAUCCGUUGCGUGCCAUCACCACCGCCCACAUGAGUCACCACCGGAGUGGUCAAAGCCUUGAGUCAUCUCUGUACAACGGAGAUCCAUGCCUUGAUCGCCGCCGUCUUCAUCACCACCAUCGCCAACCACCACCAAAAUCAUAGACGUCAUCACCAGAGCCGUCGUCACGCCACUGACGUAGCCUCAUUGUCAUAGAUCCAUCGAUGUACCAUGUUUCCAGUUCACGUCGGAUCCGUUCCAUGGAGAACGUGAGCAAGCCAGGACCUAGAAGGAGAAAGUGAGACGCGAGUCGUUGCGUCUCGGAACCAACGACCACCGAUCUGCGCGGCCAUGAACCGUUAGCCAUCGGAGAGCUGAACCGUGUACACUGGAGAUCGUGGGCCUUUGAAGCGUGGCUAUGUCUGAGAAGGUUAAGUGUAUCAUUAGUUGUUUCUUGUGAUACAAGAAACAUAUCUAACGUGCACUUUUAUCAUGGCAUUCGUAGGAAGCAAACAUGGACCUUAUGGGUGACUUGUUCGCCAAGUCAUUCUAUCUAAAGCGUAGAUCGAGUUUGUUGUACAAGCCAUAUCAGUUCCUGAGAAUUCCCCGAUCAAUUCCCGAUAUUGGCUAAGGUGAGACAGAUGAGUAUAUGAUAUUUGGACGGAUUUGGUGCUACUGAGCUUUUUAUUCGGAUUUUAUUGGGCUUUGGGUGAGUGUAAUUGGGUAUAUGGGCUUUUAUUAUACGAGAUAUUGUUGGUGGCCCGAUGUUUUCCGGAUUGGAGGUGACGGGUGUCACAGAGAUCCUCUCACAGCACCGGUGUGGAAAGCCGGACUGAAAAGGACCUCAGAUCUGAAAAAAACGAAAAAAGUAUUUUAACGGCCGAGAGAAAUAUCGCCUAAUAGUUACGUUGAUCAUAAUUCAAACAAAACAAAUUAUUGUUUCCAGAUAAAAUCUUAACGAAUUUAACAUUGCAUGUGCAUUCCACGUUUGAGGGGAACCGAUCCUUGACUUAUACUUAGAUGUAUGUGUUACUUCACCAAAUGCAUACUAUAAAUAUUUCCAAUCACGUCGAGCAUUUCGAGUAUUGUAUAUUAAUUUGGAGUUAGUCUUUGACCAAUAUAAUUGUGUUACAACUUAAUAUAUGAAAUUUAAUAAUUAUAUCUAAAAUCUCGAUCGCUUAACAAUAUAUAAAUUAUGAAAUUUAAUUACUUAAAAUAUACGUAUCAUUAUGGCAUAUCACGAAAGAAAAAAACAAGAAAAAAAAAGUUUGAAGAAACAUGAUGAGAUCCUUGUUGGAAAAGGAUUUUGUUUUCUCCAAUAUAUAUUAGGAAUUGGUUUAAUGAUGCCGACCCUCGGUAUUCUUAUAAAUACGUACACUUAUAACCCUCGAAGAAAGCAUCCCAAUUACAAAAUAACAAAUUGCUCAAAAUCAAAAGCACGUACGAAGAAGAGAAAAGAUGUCGCUGUCGUUUUCACAAACGAAGUUACUGGUAAUCCUUGUGGCCUUUGCAUGCGUCUUCUCAACAGGCUCAGAGGCAUGGAGCUGGAGUUGGAGCUCCGGUUCAGGCUCAGGCUCGGGUUGGGAAUCCCACGGCUCAGACGGAUCAGCCUCAGGUUCGGGUACAAACCCUGAUGGUUCGCACUGGAGUUGGAGGUGGGACACACGGUCAGGCUGGAGAUGGAGGUCAGACUCAAACCAUACGAAGCCAGGCUCAUCGAACCAUAACGUUACGAAGCCUGAAGGCUCAUCAAAUCAUAACGUUACGAAGCCAGGCUCAUCGAACCAUAACGUUACGAAGCCUGAAGGCUCAUCAAAUCAUAACGUUACUAAGCCAGGCUCAUCGAACCAUAACGUUACGAAGCCAGGCUCAUCGAACCACAACCAUAACGUUACAGUGCCAGGCUCAUCGCACCAUAACCAUAAUGAAACGAAGCCAGGCUCAUCAAAACAUAACGAUUCGAGGUCAGGCUCAGACGAUAACGAUUCAAGCAACCCGGUCUUUGCAACACCAAGUGAGGUCGUAGUGGGAGGAUCACGUGGAUGGAACUACGGGGUGGAUCUUGAAGAAUGGGCUUCCAAGACUACUUUCCAUGUCGGCGAUGUUCUUGUUUUCGAGUACAACAAUAUGACAAACCAAAGACAUGACGUGUACUUGCAAACAAAUCUGUGGAGUUACAGGACCUGCAACUUCGAAAGUAGAAAUAAGAUUGCUUCAUCGGAGGAGAACGGAUCUAAAGAGAGCUUCAAAUUUACGCUAGCAAUGUCACAGCCUUACUCUUUUGCAUGCGGAGAGAAUAACGGCUAUUAUUGCCGUACCUAUAACAUGAAGUUCAGUGUUCUCCCAGGCGCCUGAGUCCUCUCGUCUAUCCGACUCAACUCUUUUGCCUCUUUUGCUUUUUUUUCUUAAUGCAAUAUUAUUAGUGUUGCUAUUUUUUAUUAGUUAAGGUUUUCUUAUUACAUAAAGAUUUUGAAGAGUUAAUAACUAGAUGACUUCCCAUUAAAUAUUACUUGCGGUAAGUAAGUUUUGUACAUAAUUAAA